AUGGCCACGAUUAGAAAGUUAUAAGGAGUUUUAGAUAGAGAUGAUAAGGAUAGAAUCUUAAUGACCUUACAGAACUUAGUUAAAAUAUGCGAGGCAGACGGCCUUUAUGAAUAUCCUGAGAUGAAUAAUAAAAUAUAUUUGCACCAUAAAGGGUUUUAUUAAAUUGAGAAUUUAGAUAAAUUCAUAAAUUUAAAGACAGUUUAUUUAGAAAAUAACAUGAUUUAAAAAAUAACUGGACUAUCCUGUCUUAAAUAACUUUAGCAUCUUUUUUUGUAGCACAAUACUAUUAAAGAAAUUGAAGGAUUAGAAGAAAAUAAGGAAUUAAUAACAUUAAAUAUUUCACACAAUAUUAUAUCUAAAGUUUCUGGAUUGGAUUAACUAAAAAAACUUGAAAAUUUAUCAUUAGGGUCUAACCAGUUAAAAGACUUCGAAAGUAUACAUAAGCUUAAAGAUUUACCAUCCCUUUCUUGCCUUGGCUUAGAAAAUAAUUUUAUAGCAUACGAUCCAAAAAUAUUGGAUGAAAUAUUUACUUAGAUGCCUAGCUUAAAAGUUCUUUAUUUAUAAGGAAAUGACUAUACUCAUGAGUUUCCUUACUACCGCAAAAAGAUGAUUGGAACUCUCAAACAACUGACUUAUUUAGAUGAAAGACCGAUUUUUCCAGAAGAAAGAAUUUUAAGCGAAGCCUUUGCUGAAGGAGGAAAAGAAUAAAUGCAAAAUUUAUUAAAAGACAUAAAUGAUAAGAAAUAAGAAGCAAAAAGGUUAGAAUAAAUUUAAAAUUAACAGAAAAAUGCAGAAGUUAAGUAAAAAAGAAUUAUCUUCUUUGAAAACAAUUUAAAGAAAAGCUUAAUUGAAAUUGAAACCCUAAAGAAGAAGCUUAACAGAGCUCAUUAAAUUAGUGACCCAUAUUUAGUUAAUUAAUUAGAAGAAAAUUUAAAAAAAGAAAGAGCCCUUUAAGAGGACAUUUAGUACACUUUGCGUUUGAUGAAAGAAGGAUAGAAAAAAAUUCAAGAAACUCAAUUACAAAAAUCAUAAAAUACUUAAAAUAAAGAAAAUAUGUAAGAUAAUAUACCUGAACUCAAAGCAUAAGAUAAUACAUCAUUAAUUUAAUAAGAUGAUAUUGAAAAAUUGUUGAGUUCUUUAUUAUUAGGUACAAAUAGAGAGGAAGAAUUUGAUGAAGAUAAUUUAAUUAAACAAUUGGAAGAGACAAUUUAGUAAAUUGCAUAAAAAAUAGGUAAGGAAUCUAUCGAUCUUACAAAUCUAGUAAAUACAAAUUUGGUAAAAUAAAAAGUUGAAUAAUUUAAAACUGAAAACCCAGACCAUCUUAGAAAAAUCCAAGAAAAAAGGUUUGAAAAUAUAAUUAAAUAUAGUAACUAAACUCAAGAUGAAAAUGAUGAAGACAUUCAUAUAAUUUAAUCAGAAACAUCUACUUAAUCUAAUUCAGCAUAACAGUCUGAGUAAAAUUAUUUAGAUGAUCUUGAAUGA